AUGGUGUGUCCAUACGCUACUAUCGCGGCCAUUUACUCUUGUGUGUUAGUCGCCAACAGGGACGAGUGUUAUACAGCCGCCAGAAGACAACCAGCUACCGCAAAGGCAAACAAAUAUCACGUCAGCCGAUAUUUUAAGGACUUUGUUCUUAAUUCACGAAAGGCAAUGCUACUUACGUCGUCCCUGGCGAAGAGUGGACUAGCAUGCAAUCAUCGCCUGAAAAUGUUCUGUCUGGGCUUGGAGACAGUUACACCGAUCAUCACAGCAACCGAUGAUGUUGCCACUGACAAGGCACGAACGAAGCGUGCGAUCACGUGUGAAUGGGACGAAGCGACUAGAUCACCAUUCGCAGCGAACAGACCAGAAACUGACAUGCCCCGUAUACUUGCUCACAUAUAA